UUAUUGUGGAGGUUAAUGGCAGGUCAAAACUUAUUUGACACGGAAGGAAUAACCUCAUAUUACUUUUUACUAUCCGCUCUUCUUGUUUACCUCGUACCUGCUACCUACUAUAAAUUAAAACCAGCCUACUCCUACGCGAAACCCAAAAAUUCCGGCCAGGCCUUUAUUAAAGUUUGUUUAAGAAAAGUUAAUUAUAUUAAAGCACGAGAAGGAUCUUUAAGGACUCUUCUAUACUUUGCUUCUCUUCUUCUUUUAUGUUUAACUACUUGGAAAAUUUAUAAGUAUGAUACUAGCGUAGCUGGUGAGGAUUUCUUGUUCAACCCUUAUGAUAUUUUAGGACUUGAAAUGGGGGCCUCUACUAGGGAAGUAAAAAAUGCUUAUCGAAAGCUAAGUAAACUCUACCAUCCGGACGUCCACGGCGGUGACAACACCACAGAAACGAUUUUUUUUAAAAUAGUUCAAGCCUAUAAGGCACUCACUGAUGAAAAAGCACGCGAGAACUGGGAGAAGUACGGCCACCCAGACGGCCCUCAAGCUGCGGUGUCUUUCUACGCUGUUCCACAAUGGCUUGUAGAACAGGAAAACCGUUACAUUGUCCUCGGAGUUUACUUUUUACUCUUUAUGGUUCUUCUCCCUUUUAUAGCGGCCUCAAAGUGGUGGGAAGCAGGGAAGUAUAUUUCCUCUCAUAAAGUCUUGCGGCAUUCUGUUGUGGCUUUCUACACUUACGCAAGAGAAAAUAUGCCUAUUAGUGAAUUGAUCGAGACUUUAAGUGCAUCCUUGGAGUUUGCAAGCAUGAUUAGUCUAAAGGCCUUAGAACAAAAAUCCAUAGAAUUGAUUGAGAAGUCUUUUCCUCAACCACCGGAUUCGCUAAAAAUCAACGCAGCGUACUGCAGAACUGUUCGGGUUCUUCUGUAUGCGUACUUUUAUCGUAUAGACCUCGACAAUAUUAAGGGGCUGGUAAACCCCGAAAAACUAAAAGAACUCCAAAUGAAAAUAGUUGCCAAGUCUUCUGAUUUGAUUCUGCACGGCAUGCUUCCCACUUUGGGUUUCGGCAAAUGUUAUGUGGAAUCUACUUUGAAUUGCAUAAAACUCCAUCAGAUGCUUCUGCAAGGUGUACACGAAACGGCAAGUCCUCUUCUUAUGCUUCCGCACAUUCGAAAAGAAAUGCUGGACGAUCGUGCCCCACCCACUAUUGCGGCCUUUGUGUUCAUGUCUCCUGCCGAGAAAAAAUCUUGGCUUAACAAUAAAAAUAAUCCUCUGCUUACUUCAACACAAUUUGAAGAGACUUGCACGCUGUCCGAGGGCAUGCCUGCCCUGUUAAUUAAUUUAAAGUUAGGUUUAUACGAUAAUGACAAAGUCUACGCGGAGAGCACUGUGUCUCUCAUUGUAGAGCUCCAAAGAGUUACCACUAAGGAGCACGCAGAAAUUCAGUCUCGGAAGUCAAGCUUGUCUCCAGAAGGUUGCGCUGGCGCGGAGAGCUACGUGGAAGAUAGACCAUACAAGAGAACUAAACAUUUUGGACAUCUGUCACCUCCAGUGCACUGCCCUCGCUUCCCACUCCAAAAAAAUGAGGGUUGGUGGGCUUUGUUGCUGAAGGCUAAAGACAAAAAACUACUACUACCCCCUAAAAGGAUUGAAAAUCUCGUUGCCAGCACCGAGGUUUUAUUUGCCUUUAAAGCUCCCAGAAGACCCCAGUUACACCAAGUAGAGGUGUGGAUUAUUUCGGAUUCGUACGUAAUGAGUCCGCAAAGGCAAAGCUUUAGCUAUGAGGUGGUGUCUAAAAAAAAAGCGCCGAAGGAAGCAGUUGAGGAGGAUACUGAAGAAGAGAAGGCCUCGUCCUCAGAGGAAAGUGCGCUUGAGAGCGAUUCCGAUUAAGAACGUGCUUGGUUUGUUACUAUUUUUGGUUACAUAGUCGCUUAUUUGUUUUUUUUCGGUAUCU